AUGGGUGAUAGGGCUUUAACCAUUAAGGAGUUGGAGGGAAUAAUUAAUAAUAUGAGCGAUUGUGAAUACGAAUCGGACGUCGAUGACUCAGUGGGUGAUCCAGACUUCGAGAAUUUCAGUUCAUCAGAAAGUACCGAUAGUGAAUUCGAUGCUGGCACUGCAAGAAAAAGAAAGAAGCUAGAAAUUUGUGUGGAAGCAAAUGCAAAUGUCGGGGCUAUAGACACUCCUGUUGACAGUGAAGUGAAUUUGUCUGAAAGCAGCGAGAGUAGCUCAGAUGAGUGCAGCCCCAACAGAGAUGUAAGUGGAUCACAUGAAGUUCGAGUUAUCUGGACUGAUUGUUCAGGAAAUUUGAAGGAUCAUCCGUUCAAUGCCAACCCAGGAUUCUCUGCAGAGUUUUUUGCGAAAAGAAGCCGAGAUGAGCCUUUAGACUUUUAUAAGCUUUUCUUAGCCGAUAUCAAACCUAUGAUAGUUCAAGAAACAAACCGCUAUGCGACGCAAAAAAUUAUAUCAUGCAUAGCAAAUGAAACUAUCCAAAAAAAUUCACUAUUAACUCACUGGAAAGAUACUAAUGAGUCUGAAAUAGUAGCAUUCAUAGGAAUGCUAAUUUGGAUGGGACUAGACAAAAAGCCGACACUGAAAGAUUACUUUUCGCGCAAUAUACUAUACAAAAGUGAUUUGGGAAAAUACAUUGGAAUGUCAAGAAUGCGGUUUGAAUUGCUUCUAUCAAAUUUGCAUUUUUCAGAUAAUGAGACAACAGAUCGUACGAAUCGCAUAUACAAAAUUCAACCAUUAGCAGACGGUCUCAUUACUAAUUUUCAAGCUGCAUGUAUUCCCAAAAAAGACGUAUGUAUUGACGAAACAAUGAUUCCAUUCAGAGGCCGGCUUAGCUUUCGUCAAUACAUACCGGGUAAACGACAUAAAUACGGAGUAAAAAUUUUCAAACUGUGUGCGGAGAAAGGUUAUACAUACAACUUAAAAGUAUAUUCAGGCAAGGAGGACAACCCGACUUCACAAUCAGUUGCUAGUCGCGUAGUUCUCGAACUUAUGGAGCCUCUCUUAGAUUGCGGACGUCUACUAUGCACACGAACUUUUGGAUAG